AUGACGGCGAUGGCGGGGCCUCGUAAGACGAUAUCCAUUCACGACUACCCUGAACACCUGAAUCCGUUCCGGGAAGACGACAAUCACGGCAAGAUCAGAUUCUGGACGAUUGGACGGAAACUGAGCAGAUCGAACAGCAUCACGUUCUCUGGUCUUAAAGAGUUUAGGAACUCAUGGUCGUUACGUUCGUUUAUGAGAAAAGGAAAAAAAAAUUCAGAGCAGUCUUCGCAAAAUUACAAGAACACCAAUCAAAGGAAUGGAGAAAAUAGUCCUGUGGUGUUCAGGCGAGCUAUGCAAUAUUCAUCAAUGUCGCGUAGUACGGUGGGUUCCCCUGAACAGACAGACCGGUACGUGUACGGGGGUUCCGUAACUCCACUACCAAGAUCACGAUUCCAGGAACGUCUACGAAGCUCCCAACAAGAAGUCAGCUCAAUGAGUGCCACCCCCCGCAUGGCCCGCAGCGAUAUAACUGGGUCGAGGUUGAGUGUCGUUAGUACAAACCCAUUCGAUGAAGCUCCCGUCCCGCCGGUGCGUGCUUCAAGACGGAAGAAGAAACGAGCGCCUGCACCGCCUUCCACGGCUGCUACUGAUGAAUCAGUCACAAGCGAAAAUUUGGAAUUGAGCAUAUCUGAACCGGAGGAUAAAAGCAAAAUGAAUACGACGAUUGAUGAUGAAAUAAAUGAUGUGAACUUGAAGAUCGAAUUAAAAAUAGUAGAAGAUGACGAUGACAAGACUAAAGAAGCAAGUCAAGAAACCAAAGAAAUUUCAACAACAGAAGUGGAAACAACACAAGCAAUUGCUUCGGAAAGCAACGAUGCCAAAGAAGACAAUGAGAUUAGUGAAAACCAUGAAAGUAAUGGAGAAAGUGAACCCUUAAAAAAUAAUACGGAGGAAGAAGUUGUCAGUCAAGUUUCAUUCCCUAAAAUUGAUAUAUCGAAAUACAGACGUAACUCAAGUGUCAACGAGGACGAUGUAAGACUACGAAGAGGGAACUUGGAAGAUUUUCAACCAUUGACAAACAAGAGGAGCAAAAGUUUAACAAACAACCUUUCAGAUGCGAACUACGUCGCCUACGAUAUAAAUUUCAAUGGGAAUAAAACUUUUGACAUCAAUAGUAACGAGGAACCCCAAAAAGUUGUGUGCAAAGUAUACGACGAAUCAAGAAAGAAGAGUUUAGACAAUUCCUAUUCAAGCACCGAAAAGGAGUUUCUGGAAAUCGACAAAGCCACUAGAGAAUUGGAAAGGGAGAUAAGCAAACUAAAUUCCGCUUUGAUAGAAGAUGAUUUUAUUUGUGAUAAUACUCGGCUUUCCGUGUCCGAAAUAAGACAAAAGUUUGAUAGAGCCGAUAACAGUUCGCCAAACCCCAUACCAAAACCUAGACGAAGUAACUGCGGUGAAUCCAGCUCAACGGUAAACGGUAAAUUGUAA